AUGGCGAUUUUCCUUGACAAACCCUAAUAAAUAAAAAUCGUGCCUUUCUUUCUCUCGUGUAGAAAAAAAAACCGAAAAGAACCUUCAAAGAAUCGUAAAAAAUGCCAGUAAUCACGAAGCUCUAUUCAUGGAAGGAGGUGUCCAAGCACAAAACUAGCGAUGACUGCUGGAUCGUCGUCGAUGGCAAGGUAUAUGAUGUGACAAAGUAUUUAGAUGAUCACCCUGGAGGAGAUGAUGUUCUCCUCUCGGCAACUGGGAAGGAUUCAACCGAAGAAUUUGAAGACGCUGGGCAUAGCAAAAGCGCUAGAGAGCUGAUGCAAGAGUACUUUAUCGGUGAGAUAGACUCUUCUCCAAUUAUCCCAGAACUCGAGAUUUUCACAAAGGAACAAGCUUUCACAAGCAACGUAUCCAAGUACUGGGCUCUCCCGGCUGCUAUUAUUGGUGUUUCUAUCUUAGCCGGUAUACUCUAUGCACGCAAGAAAAGCUGUUUAAUGCCGGCAUGAUCUCUGGACGUUGAUGACUGAGAAACUCACGAAAGCUGUGCUGGCUGUACCUUCUGCCUUCCUCUUCAUUUUCGAGGACUGCGGUGGUACGGUGAGCUUUAUUGAUCCUACAAACACAAUUUAAUGAUCAUUUCAUGUCAUGAAUUAAACAUGUUGAACAUUCUAUUUGAUAAAUUUUUCCAAAUCAUGGUAAUCUGUUCUAUA